AUGUGGAUUAAUCACGUGACAACAAUAUUACGGGUAUUUGUGUUGCUUGGGAGUGUUCCAGUCUGUAUGUGUGUCUAUGCCGAGACAUUGUACGGUUGGGUAAGGGGGCGUGUCACACCGGAAGCUAUCGUUUUCCAAGGGAUACCUUAUGCAUCGCCACCAGAAAGGUGGGAACAUUCUCAGCCUCCGCCCAGAUGGGUCGGGGUAUGGGACGCCACCCAGCCUCGUCCUAUGUGUUUCCAACCAGAGUGCGGGGCUGACGAGGUCCCCGGAGUUUGUCUUCCACAGAUGUCGGAAGAUUGUCUCUUUUUGAACUUGUAUGUCCCCGUGGAUGCUCGGCCCGGGGGUAACAAGUCAGUGAUGGUUUUCAUCCAUGGAGGAGGAUUUGAAUCGUACACCGCAGGCGCGGACAUUUACAACGGGGAACGCUUCGUAAACAAAGGUGACGUCAUACUGGUCACGUUCAACUAUAGACUGGGGGCGUUGGGGUUCCUUGUAACCGGAAGUGGACCUGGAGCCGCAAUAGGGAACUACGGAAUACAUGACCAGAGACUUGCUCUGCAGUGGAUCAAACACAACAUCCUCAAUUUCGGAGGGGAUCCCGAACAGGUCACAUUAUUCGGACAAAGUGCCGGCGCCACCUCGACAGCCAUACAUCUAACCUCUGGUAAUGCGGAACAUUUGUUCCAGAGGGCGAUUUUACAGAGCGCACCGUUUAGUAUUCCUUUCAAAACAUAUGAACAAGCUUUGGACCAAGGCAGGAGCUUUAGUGCGGAGUUAGGGUGCCCAACACAGGAUUUUGAAUGUAUGAAACAAAAAUCCCCCAUGGAAAUAAUUGACGCUCAGAAAAGGACGUCAACAUCAACAGGAACUAUUCUACAGCGGUUCAUGCCAUGGGCACCACAUUUAGACGGGAACGAGGUUCCACUGAAUUUGCAAUCGGCAUUUGAGAUGGGCGUGUUUGUUCGGAAACCCGUAAUGCUCGGCACGACAGCCAAUGAGGGAGUGCCUUACAUAUACAAGACAUUUAAGGCACCCCUUAGCAGAGGGGCAUUUUCGGCCAUGUUGUUUUUAUUGAAGCCAAGAGAUGCAAUGAAUUUAUUUUUGAGGUAUUUCCCAAGAAACGUGGCGGAUGCACGUGAAGAAUUUUCGCAACUAGCGACAGAUCUUGUAUUUACAUGUCCUACAAGAAAAAUUGCAAGGGAUCUCGAAAGACGGAAUGCAACAUGGCUGUACGUGUUUGAUUAUCCAUGGAAAUUUCUAAAUACAAGUCGAUAUGUUCCUUACUGUAAAAACAAAGCCUGCCAUGCCGCUGAAAUACCUUUUUUGUUUCAAUCAGUUCAUCACGGAGGGUUCAGGUUAUCAAUGGAGGACCAGCAUGUGGCAGACGAACUUUUAAUAUAUUGGACAAAUUUUGCAAAAUUUGAAAACCCGAACGGAGAUCCAACAGAAGAGGCUGUGCAGAACAGAACCCUGUCUUGGCCCCUUUAUACAUCGAGGGGCCCGUUUAGGUUUGCUGGAAUGGUUUUUAAGCAGCCUCAGUCUCAAGUGGAACUGGAUUAUUUUGGGGUUGUUUGUAAUGCUUUUGAUCAAAAUGACUUUCGUGCGAAAUGA